ACUGUCACUUGUCGUUUUGAUAGCAUUCGACGAAUUUACUGUUUAAAUGAAAAUACGUGUUUCUAAUUCAGAUUAACAUUAUUUCAUCGUUGUAUUAAAGUGUAUGUGCCGCGGAUCUAAAAGUGGAUGGCCUCUUGCCCAGGCAUCGAUUUCGAAACAGUUGCAAAGAUUACUGUGGAAUGAUGCGUGGGGGUUGGAAAUUGUGGAGCAACAGCUCAGAGGGUCACAGCAGCGAUCCCGAAGAGGAUGAUGAAGAAGAGAUGGCAUUCGGAGAGAUUGAGGAAGACUCCGAGGAGAUGAUGGACUUGAGUGAUCUACCUACAGCUCUGUUUGCCUGCAGUGUGCAUGAGGCCGUGUUCGAGGAGGACAGGCAGAGGGAGCGGUUUGAGGCUCUGUUCAGGAUCUAUGAUGAUCAGACGACCUUCCAGAUGUUCAAGAGUUUCAGAAGAGUUCGGAUCAGCUUUAGCACUCCAGAGGCUGCUGCGCGUGCACGCAUUGAGCUCCAUGAAUCUGAUUUCAACGGCACUAAACUAAAACUGUACUUCGCACAGGUGCAGAACUCAGGGGACGAUGUGGACAAGACAUACCUUGCCCCACCUCAACCUGUCAAGCAGUACCUCAUCUCUCCACCUGCGUCUCCUCCUGUGGGAUGGAGCCAGAGUGAAGAUGCCACACCAGUGAUCAACUACGACCUGCUGUGUGCUGUGGCCAAACUGGGACCAGGUGAGAAGUACGAGCUGCAUGCGGGUACAGAGUCCACUCCUAGCGUGGUGGUCCAUGUGUGUGACAGUGAAAAUGAGGAAGAGGAAGAAGCCCGGCCAAAAACCAAGAUUGUCCAGACCCGACGCCCUGACGGUCCCCCGAAAGUCUACAACUAAAACCUUUGGCACAUUUUACACGUUUUUCUCUCUGUGUCUCUUUCUCUCAUCCAGGGAGAGGCAAGCUUUAUUUCAAUAACAAAAAAAGCGAAACUAAGAAAUGGAUGGAUUUGGAGGGGUGCCCCGUGCACAGGUGACGUGUGGUGUUCUGAACCGGACUCAUGGACUGAACACACUGUCUCACCGCUGCCUCACGGGACAGCCAGGGGCCGAUGAGCUUGCAACCCCCCUCUCACAAUCAUAGCACUUUCAUUCCCUCAUUUAGAGUCUUUGUACUGUAUCACAGAAGAGCAGUAAU